AUGGAAGACAGUCGUAGAGGAUUAUCUUCAACACCACAAUCACGCAAGAUCAUGGUGAUCGCUGACCCGACCCGUGAAUCUGCAGCUGCUCUUCAAUACACUCUUUCACACGCCGUGCUCGAGCAGGACGAGCUCAUCCUUGUCAAUGUUGAAAACAAUGGUGGCUCGUGGAAAAACGCUUUCUCAAGUUUCUUGAGAUUACCAAGCUCCAUUUCCUCCUCCUCCUCUAGCAACAGCGGGUCCUCACCGGGAGCUGCUAAUGCUAACGCUAACACUACAAUCGCAGCUUCAUCUUUGGCAUCUGAGAUUGGUCAAGGAGAAGGGAAUUUCCUUGAACAGAUGAAACGGAUAUGUGAAAUCGCUCAGCCGAAGGUGCGUGUGCACACCGAGUGUAUUACAACGGAAGGAAACAAAGCUGCAUCUAUUCUUCUUCAUGGAGACAAACUUGGGGUGGAUGUUAUCAUCAUUGGCCAACGCAGGACAAUCUCAGCCUCCCUUUUAGGAUCUAGGAGACCUGGAGGGUCUAUUAGAGGACCAAAAGGAGUAGACACUGCUGAAUAUUUAAUCGAAAACAGCAAAUGCACCUGUGUUGGCGUACAGAAGAAAGGUCAAAACGGAGGCUAUGUUUUAAACACCAAGACUCAUAAGAACUUUUGGCUCUUGGCAUGA